AUGACUUCCGAUCCUCUCCCUCAGGCCAAGGAGAAUGCCGAUGUCCAGGUUGAGGAUGUCGGCGACUCAAACAUUGCCGAGAAGGGCUACGACAACCACCUGCCAUACGUCGAGUAUGACAAGAAGGAGACCCGGAGGAUCUUGUGGAAGAUCGACUGGAGACUGGUGCCCUUCCUGUCGGUCCUGUACCUCAUGUCCUUUUUAGACCGGUCCAACAUCGGCAACGCAAAGAUUGCCGGCAUGGAAAAAGACCUCAAUCUCACGGGCCACCAGUACAACAUUGCCCUUACGGUUUUCUUCAUCCCCUACGCCCUGCUCGAAGUCCCCAGCAAUAUCAUUCUCAAGAUGAUGCGCCCCUCCCAGUGGAUCGCCAUCAUGUUGUUCGCCUGGGGGAUCGUCAUGACACUCAUGGGUCUGGUCACUACCUAUGAAGGCCUGGUCGUGGCCCGCUUCUUCCUCGGUGUUGGCGAGGCCGGAUUUUUCCCAGCUGCGGCUUACCUCUUGACCAUCUGGUACAAGCGCUAUGAAGUGCAGCGCCGCAUGGCCGUGCUGUACUGCGCAUGCACCUUCUCAGGCGCCUUCAGCGGCCUGCUCGCCUUCGCGCUCGCCAAAAUGGACGGCAUCGGCGGCCUCGCGGGCUGGAAAUGGAUCUUCAUCAUCGAGGGUCUCCUGCCCAUCGUCCUCUCGGUGCUGGUCUACUUCUACCUCCCAGACAGCCCCGCAACGGCCAAAUUCCUCACGCAAGCCGAGCGAGACUUUAUCGUGAACCGGCUGGUCUACGAGACGGGUUCGGGAGCCGGCAAGGUCUCGCACGACGAGAAGAUCCGGUGGCUCCACAUCAAGGACGCGUUCCUGGACUGGAAGAACUGGGCCGGCAUGGUCAUCUACCUCGGCGUCAGUGUCGGCGUCUACGGCUUCGUCGCCACCGUGCCCACGGUCGUGCGCGACCUGGGCUACACGGCCGCGCACGCGCAGCUCAUGACCGUCCCAAUCUACGUCGUCGCCAUGCUCGUCGCCCUCACCACCGCUUUCUGGUCCGACCACGCGCAGCAACGCACGCCCUUUAUCGCGGGCGCCUUCAGCAUCGCCGCCAUCGGCUUCAUCGGGCAACUGGCCAUCCCGCACACGCGCCUGACGGGCCUCACCUACUUCUUCCUCUUCCUGAUCGCCAUCGGCCUGUACUCGCCCUUUGUCUGCAUCGUGUGCCUGGUGGGCAACAAUUUGGCCCCGUCCUCGAAACGCGCCGUCGGCAUGGCAUUGGUCAUCACGGUGGGCAACCUGGGCGGCAUCGCGGGCAGCAACAUCUUCAUCGCGAGCGAGGCGCCGCGGUACCCGACGGGGUUCGGCGUGUGCUUGGCGAUCGUGUGCUGCUCGAUUGGCAUGUCGUUGGUGGUGAGGUACCUGCUGAAGAAGGAGAAUACGAGGCGGGACGCGUUCAUGGCGGGCAAGACGGAGGAGGAGGUCAGGCGCGAGUUUGGGGAUGACGAGGAGCGGCUGAUUCAUAUGGGUGAUAAGAGUCCGUUCUAUCGGUACACUCUGUAG